CGGAGGCGCCGUGACCUGCGCUAGGUGGCGUCUCCUCUCGCGGAUGCCUCGCUGAGCCUCGGAGUCGGGCUGCAGCUGAGGGGCUUCGGAACGGCCGGCCUGUGCGCUGCGACCCGGACCGGAUCUCGGGGUUUCCAGAAGAAAAGAUCAAGGGAGAAUUACCAAGAAUAGAUUCUUUUUCUGAAUAGUUAAACUUUUGAUGUCCAUAACCUUGACCCUUCAGACUGCAGAGAUGCAGGAAGGACUUAUGGCAGUGAAGGUAAAGGAGGAAGAGGAGGGACACUCCUGUCGGCCAGAAUCAGGCCUGUCAAGAAAUAACCCUCAUACUAGAGAGAUCUUUCGUCGACGCUUCAGGCAGUUCUGCUAUCAGGAGACCCCUGGGCCCCGGGAGGCUCUUCGAAGACUCCAGGAGCUCUGCCAUCAGUGGCUGAGACCGGAGAUGCACACGAAGGAGCAGAUCCUGGAGCUGCUGGUGCUGGAGCAGUUCCUGACUAUCCUGCCUGAGGAGCUCCAGGCCUGGGUGAGAGCACACCACCCUCUGAGUGGAGAGGAGGCAGUGACUGUGCUGGAGGAUUUGGAGAGAGAGCUGGAUGAACCAGGAGAGCAGGUCCUGACCCAUGCUUAUGACGAGGAAGAGUUUGUAAAGGAGAAGGCAACUCCAAGAUCAGAUCAGGAGUCAUCAAAUGGCCAAUUCCAAGCCUUGGAAGAGCAAUGUCAGUAUAAUUUGCAAGAGGUGUACCCAGUUCAGGAGAUUGAUGGCAAGGCUGGGACUUGGAAUGUGGAGUUAGCCCCAAAGGAGAUUUCUCAGGAAGUGAAAUCUCUUGUACAAGUUCCUGGAAAACUGAAUGGUAAUAUUACUCAGAUGCGUGAGUAUGGAGAUAUCUGUGACCAUGAGGGCAGACCGGAAAAGCAAAGGGUGAGCUCUUCAGUGGAGAGACCCUAUAUCUGUAGUGAAUGUGGAAAAAGUUUCACCCAGAAUUCCAUUCUUAUUGAGCACCAGAGAACACACACAGGUGAGAAGCCUUAUGAAUGUGCCGAGUGUGGGCGGGCCUUCAGCCAGCGGUCAGGCCUGUUCCAGCACCAGAGACUCCACACUGGGGAGAAGCGCUACCAGUGCAGUGUUUGUGGCAAAGCCUUCAGUCAGAACGCCGGGCUUUUCCAUCACCUCAGAAUUCACACUGGGGAGAAACCUUACCAGUGUAAUCAGUGCAGUAAGAGUUUUAGCCGACGUUCAGUCCUCAUUAAGCAUCAGAGAAUUCAUACUGGAGAGAGACCUUAUGAAUGUGAAGAAUGUGGCAAGAACUUCAUUUACCAUUGCAACCUAAUCCAGCAUCGGAAAGUCCACCCUGUGGCUGAAUCAAGCUAGCUCCUUGGAACAGGUAGGGAAAAAUUUCCUCACAUAUGACCACUAGCCAAGAUGGCAAGGGUACUGUUUCUUUCUUUGUCCCUGCUGUGUCCCCUAGCAUAGAAAGUCAGGGGAAAACCAGUAAAAAUUCCCUUAUUUUUAUGCAGAGAAAAGCAUAAUGUCUUAAAUACAUCUGCUGAGUUCUCUGGUCAGUGACAUCCUCAGCUUUGCGAUACUGAAUACUGUCUCUUGUGUUGACUUCAUUAUAUAUGCUGUAGACCUAGUUUCAUACACAUCUGUGCAAGAGGUUUUCUAAGUGUAUUUCAGGAAAACUUCAUCCUAGUUUAUUAAAACUUUUUUUUUUUUAAGUUUUAAAAUAAUUAUAUGUAGCCUGAGUAUAAAAUAAUCUCAAAGACAGUUCACUGAGUAUUUAAAAAUAAUAAUAAUAAAAUUCAUAAUAUAGGUUACCUGACUACUUUCCAUUCACAUAAGAUAUGAUAAUUUGCUUUUUAACCUACAAAAAGGGCAGAUGAAUCUUCCUGUAUAAAUGUAGAUUUAUAGUAAGUUAGAUUGCUGUAGAUUUUUUAGUUUUAGCCUUUAGUCAGGAACUAAGAAAUUGAAGCAACCAUAUGUUAUUAGCAGCUCAGUGGCUCUUCAUAACAAAUAUUGCUGAUGAUUUUAAAUUUACACAGAGCUAAGAAACUUAGCUAAAAAUCUGUUAUCUCACCUGAGACUUUUCAUUGGAAAAUAUAGGCCUCUUUGUGUUUUUUCCAUUAACAUAUAAUGAGCAUUUUUUGUUUUUGCCUUUUUCUACUUUAUUCAAUAUUUUGUAUGGAAAAUUUGAAACAUCAGGGAAGAGAAGAGUAUGAUCCCUCUUUCAUGUUGUUUGAUUUUAUGGCCUACACAUUUCUCAGCAUUUACUAUUGAUUACCACCAAGGUCAUACAUAAAAAAAUUUCUUUCUCUUAACAUUGACUAAGGAACUCUUUGCAAAGCUUUAUACAAGGUCCAGGAGAAAAAGAAAUGAAAAACCUAUGGUGAAAAGAAUCGAGUUUGGAAUACACCCAAAUACCCAGUAUACAACAGGUAACUUAAGAAUAACAGAAUCACUCUAAGGGUCCCUAGAGAUCACUUCUGCAUGCCUUUAUUUGACAGAUAAAAAGAAGUUCUGAGAAGUGACUAAGAUCAUAGAGCCAGUUAAAAGCAGAGCUGGAACUAGAACCCUGUCACCUAAUUCUUUGUGUAACACUCUUUCUACUAAGCCACUGGGAGCAUUAUAUCACCAAAUUAAAAUUACAAGUAUAUGAAAUUUAUUGGACUUAUAAGUCAUUGAAGUUGCUCAACAAAUGUCCCCCAUUUGUAUGUUUCAAUAAAUGUACAACCCUUCUAUUUAA